UUCAGCCCCUCUCUCUCGUAUACCCUACCAAAACCCUAGAAACACACAAGACCUCAACUCAGAACUCUGAGGUAGCUAAAAAAAAAAUUAAAAAUUAAAAAAAAAAUAAUAAUGGGGAAGAAAAGCGUAAUGGAGGACCUCGUCGGAACCCUGGGGGACUUCACCAGCAAGGAGAACUGGGACAAAUUCUUCACCAUCAGAGGUAGAGACGACUCCUUCGAGUGGUACGCAGAGUGGCCCGAGCUCAGAGCUCCACUCCUCUCUCACCUCGACCAACUCCAGGCACAUUCACCGUCUUCUGCCGCAUCGGUGGCUACGUCCUCCCCGCAGAUACUCGUACCUGGCUGCGGCAACUCCCGCCUCUCCGAGCACCUCUACGAUGCCGGGUUUAAGGGCAUCACCAAUAUCGACUUCUCCAAGGUUGUCAUCUCCGACAUGUUGCGUCGCAAUGUGCGGGAACGGCCCGGCAUGCUGUGGCGCGUCAUGGACAUGACCAGCAUGCAGUUCAUGGAUGAGACUUUUGACGCUGUUCUUGAUAAAGGCGGAUUGGAUGCUUUGAUGGAACCAGAGCAUGGCCCUAAGCUGGGGAAUCAAUAUUUAUCAGAGGUGAAGAGAAUUCUGAAAUCGGGGGGAAAAUUUAUUUGCCUUACCUUGGCUGAAUCCCAUGUUUUAGGUUUGCUUUUCUCUAAAUUGCGAUUUGGGUGGAAAAUGAGUGUUGAGGCCAUCCCUCAGAAACCAUCCAGUAAGCCUAGCCUUCGAACGUUUAUGGUGGUUGCUGAGAAAGAGAUGUCUACUAUGUUGCUCGAGAUAUCAUCAUUGUUCAAUGAUUCUUCUCUUGAUUGUAAUGGGAAUCAGGCUUGUGGACUUCAUGAAGCUCUUGAAAAUGAGAACCAAGUUCGACGAGGAUACUCCAAUGGUUCUGAUCUAUUGUACUCACUUGAAGACCUGCAACUUGGAGUUAAAGGCGAUCUUACAAAACUGUGCCAAGGUCGUCGGUUCGAGCUUACUAUGGGUGGAAAAGGGAGCAGUUAUAGAGCCGUACUUCUGGAUGCUCGGCAGCAGUCUGGUCCAUUUGUCUAUCAUUGUGGGGUUUUUAUUGUGCCUAAGACUCGGGCUCAUGAAUGGCUAUUCUCUUCAGAAGAAGGACAAUGGAUGGUAGUUGAAAGCUCAAAGGCAGCUCGUCUUAUAAUGGUUAUUUUGGACACCAGCCACAGUAAUGCCAGCAUGGAUGACAUUCAGAAGGAUUUGUCUCCACUGGUUAAACGGUUGGCACCUGGAGAAGAUGACAAUGGAGCUCAAAUUCCGUUCAUGAUGGCAAGCGACGGGAUCAAGCAGCGGAAUGUUAUUAACAAGGUCUCAUCUUCAUUAAGUGGGCCAAUAGUUGUUGAAGACGUGGUUUAUGAAAACAUUGAUGCUGCUGUUAGUCGUCUUUUUCCAUCCAAAGAUUUGAUAUUCCGACGCCUUAUUUUUGAAAGAACUGAGAGUCUGGUGCAAUCAGAAGCUCUGCUAAUGAAGGAAGGAUCUUCUCAUGAAGUUAAUGAAGUUGAGAGGAAGAAAACCCGUUCGUCCUCCAAAUCUAAGAGAAAGGGAGCUCAGAAACAAAUUGAAGCAAGCAAUGAUCUUAAGGUCGAUCAUAGCUAUUUGGCUAGUUCUUAUCAUACAGGGAUCAUUUCUGGCUUUAACUUGAUCUCUUCUUAUGUGGAAAAUGUGGUAUCAACUGGAAAAACUGUUAAAGCUGUUGUUAUCGGUCUUGGAGCAGGUUUACUUCCCAUGUUCCUUCAUGAAUGCAUGCCCUUUUUACAUAUUGAGGUGGUGGAGUUAGAUCCUGUGAUCCUCAAUCUUGCAAGGAACUUCUUUGGUUUUACUGAAGAUAAAUGUUUGAAGGUGCAUAUUGCCGAUGGAAUCCAGUAUGUUGGAGAGCUCGCUAAUUCUUCAGACAGCACUGAAGUGCCUGUUUUUGAUGGAAAUGUGAAUACUUGUGGCAGUUCAAAGUCUCCUUCGAAGGAAAAUUGCCUGGCAUAUCACAUAGAAGGUAGAGGACCUACCAAGGUUGACAUAAUUAUUAUUGAUGUGGACUCUUCAGACUCGAGCUCUGGGCUGACCUGCCCUGCUGCAGAUUUUGUGGAAGAGUCCUUUCUUCAGACUGUGAAAGAUAGACUUUCUGAGCACGGUCUCUUUGUUAUUAAUUUGGUCUCAAGGUCCUCAGCCAUCAAAGGCGAGAUUGUUUCAAGGAUGAAAACGGUCUUUAGCCACCUGUUUUCCCUUCAGCUUGAGGAGGACGUCAAUGAAGUCCUUUUCGCUCUGCCUUCUGAGUUUUGCAUCAAGGAGUAUUCCUUCCCUGAAGCUGCUCUAAAGCUUGAGAAAUUGUUGAAGUUCAAACACCCAGAGAUGAACCAAAGCAUUUUAGAGGCUGCAAAGAAGGUCAGAUGUCUCAAGUGAAAUACAGCUAAUCGAUACUUUCUUGGGAAUUCAAUACUUGUAUUAAGUUGAAUUGAGUUGUUGUAUAAAGUUUUGUUACAGAAAAUUGCUGCUUCAAAUUGUUGUGGUGAUUGGUAAGAAGUGGAAUGUUUACCAAUUCCGAUUUGCCUUGUGGGAAAUGACAAGAAAAAAUAGCCGAAAACGAAAAACCGAAGAGGAAAACAGUCAAGUUUAAUGUAAACUAGUACUUCUGCUGA